AUGACCCCAAGGACAGGAGCAGCCCUUGCAGAGCAGGGGUUCUCAGCCCACUGGGUGACCAGAGGUCACCAGGACUCAAAGGCUAAGCCACUUGUCAUAUUCAGGCAAGGCCUCAUGGGCCUGUGGCACAUAAUGGGCAGGCUCCACCCUCACUCAGGCCAGAUGGGAGGUCAGCUCCAGCCCUGUAUCCAGGCCACUGCUUUCUCCCUCCUUGUGUCAAGUCCCCAGGGUCACCGUCUCCUCAGGGCUCGCAGGCCAGUGUCCCGAGUGUCAUGGCCGCAGCUCAGGGAGGAGAGGGGCGGCAGGAUUAGAGCAGCCAGGGCCGACUAUGCUGCGCUGUCCUUACUGGCAGAUACCAAGACCUGCCUGGCCUCCGUCCCAGGACGCGUUCCUCAUGACAGGACUGCGCCGCUUGCUCCCAAAGGCCAGUUGCCUGACCCCUAUACGUGUCCCCUGAUCCCCUACUAG